AAUUGAGAAGUUGCACGCCAACGACAGUCAAAAGCUAAAGUGAGAAAUCAGAAGACUCCGUAGAGUUUCGCUGCUCCUCUCUCAGUAUUGUCUCGCUAGUAGCAGGCACAGCCUUAGGCCAUGAGUACAUCUACAGAAGAACCUCCAUCACAGCCACCGGUUGAGUGGGACCAAUCCUCAUCAGACGGAGAAGAACCAUCACCAUCACGGUCACCGUCGCAAUCGUUUGACAGGGAUCGCCACGUGGCUUACUUGGAGAUGAUGUACCAGAUGCUGCCCAGCGAUUACCAAUCGCAAGAGAUCAAUCGGCUUACUCUCGCCUACUUCGCCAUUUCCGGCCUUGACAUCCUCGGUGCUCUCGAUCGCGUAGACAAAGAUGCAGUUGCUAGUUGGGUUUUAUCCUUUCAAGCUCACCCCGGUGAUAAAGAUCAACUGAACAAUGGACUAUUCUAUGGGUUCCAAGGUUCCCGAUCCUCUCAAUUCCUUUCGGACAGUGAUGGGGUUUUGAUUAACAACCUUAGUCAUCUGGCUAGCACAUACUGUGCCCUAGCCAUACUGAAAAUUGUUGGAUAUAAUUUGUCAAAUGUUGACUCCAAAUCACUAUUGACAUCAAUGAGAAACUUGCAGCAACCUGAUGGCAGUUUGCUUCCCAUACAUAUUGGGGCAGAGACAGAUCUUCGUUUCAUAUACUGUGCUGCGGCCAUCUGUUUUAUGUUGGAGGACUGGAGUGGUAUGGAUAAGGAAAAAGCCAAGGAGUACAUCAUAAAAUGCCAAUCAUAUGAUGGUGGCUUUGGGAUGGUUCCUGGCUCCGAAUCUCAUGGUGGUGGAACUUACUGUGCAGUUGCAUCACUUCGACUGAUGGGUUUUAUGGAAGAUGACCUUCUGUCUACAAGCAGAGCAUCUUCUAUCAUAAACCUUCCUUUGUUGUUGGAAUGGUGCUUGCAGAGGCAAGCAGCAGAUGGUGGUUUUCAAGGUAGACCAAACAAGCCUAGUGACACAUGUUAUGCAUUUUGGGUUGGAGCAGUUUCGAGAAUUUUAGGAGGCUACAAAUUGAUUGAUGGGAAAGCUUUACGUGAAUUUUUGAUAACUUGUCAAUCCAAGUACGGGGGUUUUGGUAAAUUUCCUGGUGAGUGGCCAGAUUUAUAUCAUUCCUACUAUGGAUACACAGCGUUCAGUAUUUUGGAAGAACCUGGCCUUAAUUCACUCUCCUUCGAAUUGGGAAUAACAGAUGUUGCUGCCUUUGGAAUCUGAUUUGAUUGUUUUUCUUCUUUCGAAGGCUUUGCAAUUCCAGCUAAUUUGUUCUCUCUGUCACACUGAAAUGUUAUACAUGAAGAUUACUAGUAGACAUGGUGAUUGUCAUUGUUGAUCUCAUUGAUCCAACUGAUUUUUUUUUUGUUAUAUAACACUCAGGUGUAACAAUAAGGCCCAGAGUGGAAUUGUUGUGACUUUGCUAUAAGAGUAGUGGUUUUAUUGCA